CAUCCCAGAGGGAGGGGCUGGGAGAGGAAAGUAGAGACUAAAGCGGAGAAACAGGGUGAGGACAAGGCAGACAGUGAGAUGAUACUCAGCGAAGGAAUGGGGAGUGAGGAAAACUAGAAAAAAGGAGAGAGAGGGAAAGAUGAAGCUAUCUAACUGUAUCUAUGCAGAGAGAGAGACUCUGAGAAAAAUUUAAACGGGGGAAGAAGGAGCCAGAUACCAGGCACAGAGGGGGAGCAGAAACAGGAAGACUGAUCCACAGUCAGAGCCUCAGGCACGCGGGACUGGGCGUCUCUGGUCUUUGCCAUGGAAGCAGAAGGGAGGCGUGAGCAGGGUAAGCCAAGGAAGGGGCGAGUUUGCAGCAGCCUUUGGCCAGAGGGCUACCCAGCUGCUGGGACUCUGACCGCCAGAGUGGACAUAAGCACUCGACCCUACAGAAACCUCUCUGGCGUAGGAGCCGGGAGACCACGGCUUUCCCCGCAAGGAGGACAGAGGGGUCGCCCCCACUCCCGGCGCCGCCACCGCACCACCUUCAGUCCAGCGCAGUUGGAACAGCUGGAGUCAGCCUUUGGGAGGAACCAGUACCCUGACAUUUGGGCCCGAGAGGGCCUCGCCAGGGACACAGGACUCAGUGAGGCCAGAAUCCAGGUCUGGUUCCAGAACCGCAGAGCUAAGCAGAGGAAGCAAGAGCGGUCACUGCUCCAGCCACUGGCCCAUCUGUCUCCUGCCACCUUCUCCAGUUUCUUGCCCGAGCCCCCCGCUUGCCCCUACUCCUACCCAGCGCCACCCCCACCAAUGACCUGCUUCCCUCACCCCUACAAUCAUGCCCUUCCCUCUCAGCCCUCCACGGGCGGCUCCUUUGCUCGACACCCCCAGUCUGAAGACUGGUAUCCCACCUUGCACCCAACCCCCCCGGGUCAUCUGCCCUGCCCCUCAGCCCCACCUGUGCUUCCCCUCAGCCUUGAGCCACCAAAGUCCUGGAACUAAGGUUAAACAAGUGCCCACAAGAUACUUUCCCAGCCCUCAUGAAACACAGAGGGUGGCUUCCUUUCUUUCUAAGGGUGAAGUAGAAAUAUGCUGAGGGGAGUUGCAGCACAAUGGGAUCAGCAGUGUCUCAGGUUCAAUCCCCAGCCCAGCACAGUGGGUUAAAGGAUCUGGCAUUGCCACAGCUCUGUCAUAGUCUGGAUCUGAUCCCUGGCCCAGGAACUCCAUAUGCCGAGGGGUGACCGAAAAAAAGAGAAAAAAAAAAGAAAUAUAGUGAAGGGCAGCUCAGAGAUUGGGAAUUGAAAAAUAGGAGCUCCUGAUGGAGGUUUACUGAGGUGUUUCAUUGAGUGAAUUCGGGGAGGUGAAAUUAUUGGAAGACACAGGUAAAGAGCCCCAGUGGAGGUGACUGGUAGAAGGAUGGCAUUGAUGGAAGCAGUGGUUGCCACUGGUGAGUGGAAAUGGUUGAAGGGAGUAGAAUGGGGGGGCUUCACUCAUUGAGAUCACAAUCGAAGAUCUUCAUCCCUGUCGUUUCUAGCUGAUUUCAGUAAGGCUUUGGCUUUAAAGUCUACCUGUACAUCCUUUUCCCCUCACCACCCCCCAAAUCACUCAUUAAUGUGUGUUCCUUCCUUCCUAGAAAUAGCUCUUGAAUUUAUUCUUCUCUUUUCCUUUCCAGCAGACACUUUCUUUCUGGCCCCACAUUUUCUAAUUAAUCCUUCUCCUUCGUUCCCUUAGUUCCAGUCUUUCCCACUGCCAACAGAUCUUGCCAAUCCGAUCAUCGAAGAAUGGCU